CGGCGGGCUGUCGUUGGCUGGAGCAGCGGCUGCGCGGGUCGCGGUGCUGUGAGGUCUGCGGGCGCUGGCAAAUCCGGCUCAGGAUGUAGAGCUGGCAGUGCCUGACGGCGCGUCUGACGCGGAGUUGGGUGGGGUAGAGAGUAGGGGGCGGUAGUCGGGGGUGGUGGGAGAAGGAGGAGGCGGCGAAUCACUUAUAAAUGGCGCCGAAGCAGGACCCGAAGCCUAAAUUCCAGGAGGGUGAGCGAGUGCUGUGCUUUCAUGGGCCUCUUCUUUAUGAAGCAAAGUGUGUGAAGGUUGCCAUAAAGGACAAACAAGUGAAAUACUUCAUACAUUACAGUGGUUGGAAUAAAAAAAGUGCUGUGAGGCCCAGGCGCUCUGAAAAAUCUUUGAAGACACAUGAGGAUAUUGUAGCCCUUUUUCCUGUUCCUGAAGGAGCUCCCUCAGUACACCACCCCCUCCUGACCUCUAGUUGGGAUGAGUGGGUUCCGGAGAGCAGAGUACUCAAAUACGUGGACACCAAUUUGCAGAAACAGCGAGAACUUCAAAAAGCCAAUCAGGAGCAGUAUGCAGAGGGGAAGAUGAGAGGGGCUGCCCCAGGAAAGAAGACAUCUGGUCUGCAACAGAAAAAUGUUGAAGUGAAAACGAAAAAGAACAAACAGAAAACACCUGGAAAUGGAGAUGGUGGCAGUACCAGUGAGACCCCUCAGCCUCCUCGGAAGAAAAGGGCCCGGGUAGAUCCUACUGUUGAAAAUGAGGAAACAUUCAUGAACAGAGUUGAAGUUAAAGUAAAGAUUCCUGAAGAGCUAAAACCGUGGCUUGUUGAUGACUGGGACUUAAUUACCAGGCAAAAACAGCUCUUUUAUCUUCCUGCCAAGAAGAAUGUGGAUUCCAUCCUUGAGGAUUAUGCAAAUUACAAGAAAUCUCGUGGAAACACAGAUAAUAAGGAGUAUGCGGUUAAUGAAGUUGUGGCAGGGAUAAAAGAAUACUUCAACGUAAUGUUGGGUACCCAGCUACUCUAUAAAUUUGAGAGACCACAGUAUGCCGAAAUUCUUGCAGAUCAUCCCGAUGCACCCAUGUCCCAGGUGUAUGGAGCGCCACAUCUCCUGAGAUUAUUUGUACGAAUUGGAGCAAUGUUGGCCUAUACACCUCUGGAUGAGAAGAGCCUUGCUUUAUUACUCAAUUAUCUUCACGAUUUCCUAAAGUACCUGGCAAAGAAUUCUGCAACUUUGUUUAGUGCCAGCGAUUAUGAAGUGGCUCCUCCUGAGUACCAUCGGAAAGCUGUGUGAGAGGCACUCUCACUCACUUAUGUUUGGAUCUCCGUAAACACAUUUUUGUUCUUAGUCUAUCUCUUGUACAAACGAUGUGCUUUGAAGAUGUUAGUGUAUAACAAUUGAUGUUUGUUUUCUGUUUGAUUUUAAACAGAGAAAAUAAAAGGGGUAAUAGCUCCUUUUUUCUUUUCUUUCUUUCUUUUUUUUUUUUUUUUUUCAUUUCAAAGUUGCUGCCAGUGUUUUCAAUGAUGGACAACAGAGGGAUAUGCUGUAGAGUGUUUUAUUGCCUAGUUGACAAAGCUGCUUUUGAAUGCUGGUGGUUCUAUUCCUUUGACACUACGCACUUUUAUAAUACAUGUUAAUGCUAUAUGACAAAAUGCUCUGAUUCCUAGUGCCAAAGGUUCAAUUCAGUGUAUAUAACUGAACACACUCAUCCAUUUGUGCUUUUUUUUUUUUUUUUUUUUUUUUUAAUGGUGCUUAAAGUAAAGAGCCCAUCCUUUGCAAGUCAUCCAUGUUGUUACUUAGGCAUUUUAUCUUGGCUCAAAUUGUUGAAGAAUGGUGGCUUGUUUCAUGGUUUUUGUAUUUGUGUCUAAUGCACGUUUUAACAUGAUAGACGCAAUGCAUUGUGUAGCUAGUUUUCUGGAAAAGUCAAUCUUUUAGGAAUUGUUUUUCAGAUCUUCAAUAAAUUUUUUCUUUAAAUUUCAAA